CCUUGCCUCCGGCCCGCCCCCCGCCGCCGGGUGGACGCCGGCGACGCCGCCAUGUCGCCCUCCGCCCCGCCCGCCCGCUUCCUCCUCUUCGCCGCGGCCCUCGCGCUGCUCCUCUUCUCCCCAACCCUAGCGGCUUCCGACCCCGCCGCCGAGCCCUGCGCGGCGCCCCUCGACGCCGCCGCGCUCGACGGCGGGGCCGGCGGCGGCGGGGGCGAGGUCGCGCUCUGCCCCGUCCGGUGCUUCCGCCCCGACCCCGUCUGCGGCGCCGACGGCGUCACCUACUGGUGCGGCUGCCCCGAGGCCGCCUGCGCCGGCGCGCGCGUGGCGCGCCGCGGCUACUGCGAGGUCGGCGCCGGCUCCGCGCCCGUCUCCGGCCAGGCGCUCCUGCUCGUCCACAUCGUCUGGCUCUUCGUGCUCGGCGCCGCCGUCCUCCUCGGCUUCCUCUGACGCGCGCGCCUCCUCCCCCCUUCCUGUAAUUGACGUCUCCCCCUCCCCACAAUUGGUACAACUACUCAUUUCAAGAUUCUUUGUUGGAUUUCGGUGCGCUCUUGAGCGCUGAGGGGGGUGGUGCUGGAACGGAAUAUUUCGUUGCGAGGAUUUGGUCCAGGGAUGUCACACAAUUCUUUCAUAGAUGAUGAGAUUGGUUGGCUUGGUGCUUUAGAUUUCGGACCUCAGCUGUCCAGAUUGGUCGCCAAAUGUAGGUUGAGAUCGUGUAAAACAGCUUUGUAAAUUUCGGCUAAAAACAUUUUGCAGUGAUCUGGUUGUGCUUGUCUAUAAAUUCCAGCUUCAUGGUUUUAUUA